CAAUUCUUCAUUUCAUAUGAUCAAUCAUAUCAACAUAUCAUCAUAUCGUCAUAUCAAGAUGAACCCUCCAUAUCAUCAAAUUCCUGCUGUUGAAACAGACGCUCUUCUCGAACGUCACCGUCACGUUGAACACGAGUCCACCAAACCCCCUUACAUCCACCAUCUCACCUCUGAAAUCGACCCGCGAUGGGGGGAUCUGCUGCUUCUCUUCUGCUACAUCAUCACUGGACUGCUGGAUAGUUCUGCUGUAUCUAUCUGGGGCUCUUUCGUAUCAAUGCAGACUGGCAACACGGUCUAUCUUGGCCUGGGCCUGGCAGGAUUGGACUCCGGCCGAUGGAUUAAAUCGCUCAUCUCGAUUGGCAGUUUCUGCAUUGGAUCGUUCUGCUUCGCGACAUUCCAUCGCUUCUUCCCUCCACGACAAAGAUGGGUUCUGUCGUUUUCAUUUCUCACCCAGAUGACCUGCAUCGCAGUCGCAGCGAUCAUCGUCACGAUGCAUCCAUCAACCAAGGACGAGCUGAGCUGGAAAGUGGCCGUUCCGUUAUCUCUCGUUGCCUUUCAGAGCAGCGGACAGGCAGUCACCAGCCGUGUGCUGGACUUUACCAGUCUGACCAGCGUGGUUCUUACGAGCAUCUACUGUGAUUUAUUUUCGAAUCUGCAUCUGCCCGUUUCAUCGACCUUGCGCAAUUCCGACGAGUGGAGGAGACUGGGUGCGAUUGCCUGCUUUCUCACCGGCACUUUGAUCGGAGGAAUAUGGGCCAAGAGUGAUGCUGGACUGGUUGGUGCUUUAUGGACAGCAGUUGUUUUCAAAGGAUUGAUUGCUGCUGUUUGGCUGGGAUGGAGAAAGCAGGAGUAGACACUGGAUACAGCUACAUGGAUAGUGUAAUAAAUACUCAUUACUGAUAGAUAAGCCAAAUCAAACAUCAAUUCACUC